AUUGCCUUUGUAAUCACUUAACGAUGUUUGGUGGAAGUUUAAUCCAAGCGCCUAAUCCUAUCGACUUCGAGAAGGUUUUUGUGGAGUUCACAAGACUUAGCGAGACUGGCAACGUGGCGGUUUUAGCUACAAUCAUUUGCGUAUUCGUAUUAUAUUUUGUCACAAUCGUUUUCGCCAGGAGGGCAGACAACCGAGAUCAAAAUAGGAUGGUGCAACCAAGAGAAAUAGUUAUUGCGGAAGAGGGAAACUAUCUUUACGAACUGGUUAUUAGCACUGGAGUUUGGCAAAGUUCAGGAACUACAGCCAGUGUAACACUUUCAAUAAAAGGAGAGGAUGAAGAAACCGAACCAUUUCUACUGAGUGGUAAUGACAGCUCAGGCGUACUGUUUGCAAGGGGAAGUAUUCACGGAUUUACUCUUAUCGCCGACAAGCCCUUAGGGUCCCUAACAGAGCUAACUUUUACGCAUGACAACUCAGGCGAACAUCCCUCCUGGUUUUUGGAAGAAGCCAUAAUUAAGGACGGACAGACUGAGGAAAAAUGGAGAUUUCCAGCGAAUAGAUGGCUUGCAGUCGAUAAAGAAGACGGACAAUUGGAAGUCUCUUUGUUGUGUGAAAAUAAGGCGAAUCCUGCGACUUUUGCAGAUCACGUAAGGUCACUUGCCCCCCGUAAGCUCACAGAUAGCCAUUUAUGGUUUUCCGUGAUUAGUAAACGGUCUAGUAGUACUUUUACACGUGUGCAAAGAGGUUCCUGCUGUAUUUCGUUGCUGUUCAGUGCCAUGAUUGCCAAUGCAAUGUUUUAUAACACUAGUGGAGAAUCCGACGGAACUAUUCAGAUUGGGCCAUUUAAGUUUUCUUGGAGACAGAUUGUCAUUGGAGUACAGAGUGGUCUGAUAGUUGCACCAGUUAAUAUUUUAAUUGUGCUUCUUUUUCGCUCAAGCAAACCACGGAAAAGAAAAGAAAAAUACGAACCACAUGAGGAAAUUGAGCACCUUGUAGAGGAACAACGUCGUGAGACAAGUUGUGUAUUACCUUAUUUCUUCAUUUAUAUCGGAUGGUUCUUGUGCAUUGCGACAACUUUAUUGGCUGCAGCAUUCACUUUAUUUUACAGUUUAAUGUGGGGCAAAGAACUAUCUGAACAGUGGCUGGCUUCCAUUUUGACCUCUCUCGUUCAAGACAUUUUUUUCCUACAGCCCGCAAAGGUUAUGCAGGCAGUUAUUGCCAUUUCCUUUGCACUGAUAAUGAGAAAGGGAAAGAAUAAAGCGUCUUCGAAAGAGAAGGAAUCCUGUGAUACAUUCGACGACAUUAGCAUCUUACAUGACGAUGAUCCAUUGAAACUCCGCAGGCAAUACGAGCUGCAGAAAAUACGUGAUCAUAAGAGGAAAGAAAAUAAAUUAACUGGAAUGGCGAGAGACGUUGUUCUGCAUCUGUUAUUUAUGUUUCUCAUGGCCAUCGUUUGCUAUGGCAACAAAAACAUCCACCGAUUCCUCAUGACGAGUACCAUGCGCCAACCAUUUGGGAAAUUUGAUUCGGUAAGUAUUUCUGAUAAAUCCUGGCCGUUUUUUUGUCAUAAAAGGUGAAGUCAGCAACAGCAAUUAAAUGUUAGAGAUUACAUAAAAGGAAAACUUACUUUAAUUCUGAUUGAUUAAAACUUGGUCCGAUUGUUGUUAAUUCCGUUAGUCGUGAGCAAACCUACGUCAAAAUAGUUUUAAAGAUCGCUCGGAAACCCUCGAAGACUCCAAAAUUGACCUUGUCAUCCGAUGAUUUGCGAUAGAUUCAACUACGAAUAUUCGUUCAGAGGCUCGAGUAAUUGCGCACAUUCUGAGAAUAUCGAUCGCCGGCUAUCGCAAUUAAUCUAUAUUGGAUUUUUUAGACCCCCUGAUGUGAUAAGUACAGCACUGAACAUCAAAAUUGACUUAGAAUGGCUGGUAGCGAUCAUUAAAAAGUCAUUUAAAGGGGCAACCGGGGUUCAAUGUUACUAAGGCAUAACUUAAUUCGCUAGAAAAACACCAAUAAUGACAAAACAGAAUUUAAAAAAAUAAACAAACAAACAAAACGAGGG